AUGAUGGACCGGGCGACGUUUAAUGUUAUUCACCUCGGCCUCGCCUUUUUCUGCCUAAUGUUCGCAUACCAGUGCCAUGGCCACAUCGUCCUCUCCGUGAUCUCAAGCGUCCGAAACAGUACCAACGGCGUUUCUUUAGAUAAAAAUGCCGGUUUUUACAGCUCUUCGAUUAUUUUCGGCACCUACACGUUGGGAAAUUUUAUUGCCGCUCCGUGCGUUGAUUUCCUGGGCGCCAAGUGGGCAUUAAGUUUAGCAGCAGUAAUCUAUACAAUUUUUGUGGCAGGUUUCCUGCAUCUCAACGAGAUUUUCUACUAUGCAUCGAGUGGAUGCGUCGGAUUUGGCGCCGCCUUGCUCUGGACGGCGCAAGGUGUCUAUUUAACGCAAAAUUCAACCCCGAAAACAUCAAAACGGAAUAGUGGAAUGCUAUUCGCAAUCUUGGAUGCAAAUGUCAUCCUUAUCGGCGUCUUCCUGUACUUCACUUUCUCCAUCGAAGGUGUAGGGCAUGGCUCUGAUAAUCACAUCUCCAAAAAGUCUGCCCAAAUGUUGUACAUCGUACUCACGUCCAUGGGCGGACUCGGAAUUCUUACAUUUUUAUUUCUCCGGCCAUGCGACGUCGUGAAGAAGCAGGAGGAGAACUUUGGGAAGAUCUUUUGUGAUACUCUUCGAUUAUUCCUGGAUCGCGAGAUGUUGCUCCUUGCCCUUCCAUUUGCAUGGACGGGUUUUCAGUCUUCAUAUUAUUCGGGUCUCUUCUCUACGUGUGUUGCUAACACUUCUAAGCUCGGCUCGAAUAACGAGGUGAUGUUAGCGUAUGCUGUGUUGAGCGUCGGGGCGGGUAUUUUUGUAGCCGGUGUCCUUUUCAUGACGCCAUUGAGCAAGUCGUUAUCACGAACGCAAGGAAUUUUCAUCGAUGCCGAUGGAUUUUUAAUGAGUCCGAACGCCUGGCUCAUCCUGGCUUCCGGUGCCCUCCUUUCGUUUGGUGGCACCUGUUGGAACAUUCAAAUUUUCUCAUUUCUGGUCGAACGAUUUGCGGCCUCAUCAAGCAAAGCGUGGGCGGUAUUCAAAUUUUACCAGGCAAUGGGCUCGUCCCUGUUCUUCUUCUACGCCCCUCACAUCGGCAUCCAAGCCCAUAUGAUCUUGUUAUUUGUCUAUCUAUUCUUGGCACUCUGUCUCUUUAUCUGCCAAUACGCCCAACAGGGCGGCGGCGGCGGCUACAGCGGCGGCGGCGGCGGAGGCGGAUAUGCAGGAGCCGGCGGUGCCGUAGGAGGCUACAGCGGCGGCGGUGGCGGCUACAGCGGCGGCGGUGGCGGCUACAGCGGCGGCGGUGGCGGCGGAGGUGGAUACGCUCAAGGCGGAGGUGGCGGCUACAGCGGCGGCGGCGGCGGCUACAGCGGCGGCGGCGGUGGCGGCGGAGGUGGAUACGCUCAAGUU